UAUUUUGCUCGCUUAUGUGGGUUGAAGUUUUUACUUCAUCGGACUUGGAUCAGGCCGGAAAUGGGCUGUAUAUGUCGUUGGCCUUAACCAUGUACAUAAUGAAAUUCAUAAAUAUAAGAGUAUUGUCAAGGAAAGCCAAUUCAUUUAUUUAUGAACUGGAACACAAUAAAAUGUUUGAUUUGCUCAAAUCCGAAGAAGCGCAAAUGUGGUCGAAACAACAAAAAAGUUUUCGUAAUGUAGUCAUCCUUUAUACUGGUGGCAGUGUUUGUUCUGCUAUAUUUGCCUUUGUGGGAGUGUUGUUUGAUAAGGAAUAUAAUUUGGGCCAUCCCUAUUGGCUGCCCUUCGACUGGCGUAAUCCGGAGCGUUAUUGGUAUGCAUAUUCAUUUAAUGUGAUUGGUAUACUGGUGUCCUGUUUCUCAAAUGUCAGCUUGGAUAUGUUGGGUUGUUAUACGAUUUUCCACAUUGGUCUGUUGUACAAACUGUUGGGCAUGCGUUACUCUAGUAUAAGAUCUUUGAAGGAAGUGCUUGCCAUUAAAGAGUUCAGGAAGUUAUUUCUACUACAUACGAGUAUAAAACGCAUGACUAAAGAAUGUGAAAUAUUAAUAUCACAUUAUGUAUUGACGCAAAUUAUUUUUAGUGGCCUAAUCAUCUGCUUUAGUGGUUAUCGGCUGCAAAAGAUGAACAUUUUAGCCGACUUAAGCCAAUUCCUGGGCAUGUUGCAAUUUCUUAGUGUCAUGAUUUUGGAAAUAUAUUUACCCUGUCAUUUUGCCAACCAAAUAACUUCAAAUUCUGCCGAAUUGAUUAACAACAUCUACGACUGUGAAUGGUUUCAAUUUUCCGGCGUCAAUCAGAAAUUUAUACGUUUAUAUAUGGAAUUUUUUAAAGAACCUGAACAACUUAGAGCUGGAAAAUACUUUGAAGUUGGCUUGCCCAUAUUUACUAAGGUGAUGAACAAUGCUUAUAGUUACUUUGCUUUGUUAUUAAAUAUGGAUAAAUAAAUUAAAGAAUAUUUUAAAUGUUU